CGUUAGAAAAAAAAUAUUUCUAACAUUUCGAGUGAAAACAAACAUCGCAUUUUUUUUUCUGCGUUGCGAUGUAAUAUACUAUUUUUUGUGAUAGUCUUGGAAAUUAUUUAUUUCUUAAAACGAACGAUUCCCUGAAUUCCACCUACCGUUAGAAAAUUAAUUUCUCGUGUAAACCGAUCAACAAACACGUUUCAGAGAAGCUGAAACCUCACAGUGAAGAUCCUCACAUUGAAUAAAAUCGCAGACUAGACUUAAUGAAUAAUUAAAAGAGUGUCAAGAGCAAUUCGAGUCAUUGUUUUCCGAUCAUUUCAACAUUAUGUUUGUGGGUCAUUUAAUAACAAUUUUAAUAACAACAAUUCAUGGAUUUCCAGUGGCAAACCCAAAAAUACCAUCAGCGAAAGUCUUGGAUUUUUUGAAAAACUUUGGAUAUAUCGAGAGUGACGAUGACAGUUUUGGUGCUCUCUACACUGAAAGUGGCAUUUCCGAGACGAUAAAAAACGUGCAAAAGUUCGGGGAUUUACCCCAAACUGGCAUUUUGGACAACAAAACACUCACGUUGAUGUCAACUCGCCGGUGUGGUAACCCCGACAUUGUCAAGAAAAAACGCCCAAAACGGUACAUUUUGGGCUCCCAAGGUUGGCAAAAACGCACCAUUUCCUACUUCAUAGCAAACUGGUCCCCAAAACUGGGCGAAGCCUCCGUGGCCCGAAACAUCGAGCUAGCCCUCAACACUUGGGGCCAAUACGGCCAUUUGAAAUUCGAAAAACGCCCAAAUCCCGAUGCUGACAUCAUUGUGGCCUUUGGUAGUGGGUACCAUGGGGAUAGUAGCCCAUUUGAUGGUCCUGGGAAUAUCCUAGCCCACGCUUUCUUCCCCAAUGAGGGCCCGGAUGAUGGGUUUGGAGGUGAUAUUCAUUUCGAUGCUGAUGAAAAUUGGGUCGAUGGAAAUGGGACAGAUGGGACGGAGUUUUCCAUGGUUGCGUUACAUGAAUUGGGACAUUCGUUGGGUUUGGCCCAUUCGCCGGUCUCUGGAUCGAUUAUGUUCCCCUAUUAUCGGGGAUUAGAAGGCGAAAAGGGGCUACAAUUGGGCUAUGACGAUAUUUUAGGGAUGUAUGAGCUUUACAUUCGCAGGAAUAUAGCAGAAGAAGUGACAAGUAGUGUUUCACCAACUACAACAAGUGUUGAAACUUCAACUUUUGGUGUUUCGCCAACUUUUGAUGCUUCACCAACAACUUCUGCUGUUUCACCAAGUGUUGAAACUUCAACUGUUGGUGUUUCACCAACAACUUUUGGUGUUUCGCCAAGUGUUGAAGCUUCAACCCCCGUUGUGGUGUACCAUGGAGAUGCCGAAUCCGUCGAAACCCACAAAGACCAUGACCCGACCCAUGGAAUACCAUCAACCAACUCGCCCAGUCUCCCAAACAUCUGUGACGCUUCCUUCGACGCUGUUGCAGUUUUACGGGAAGAAAUCUUCAUUUUUAAAGAACAAUACUUGUGGAGGCUUAAAGAUUUAUCCAAGAUUGAACCAGGAUACCCCAUUCAGAUCACCCAAAUGUUCCCAGAUUUGCCCAAAAGUACCAAAAAUGUGGAUGCAGCCUACGAACGAGCUGACGGAAUGAUAGUUCUAUUCACUGGGGACAAAUUCUGGGUCUAUGAUGGUAAAAGGUUCAUAGAGGGUAGUCCGAGACCCUUGACGGAUUAUGGUCUACCUGGCACACUUGAUAAAAUCGAUGCGGUCCAAACCUGGGCCAGAAAUGGUAAAACCUACUUUUACAAGGAUGAGAUUUUUUGGAGGUACAACGAAACGGAGGGGAGGAUGGAUGAGGGGUACCCCAAACUCAUGGACCGGUGGAGGGGGGUACCACGUGGUCUCGACGCAGCUACCACUUUCAAAGGAGUUACUUAUUUUUUCAAAGAUAGGUUGUACUGGAAGUUUGACAAUGAGUGGAUUAUUAUUUCGGAAGAGUCGCCCCUUCCAGCCCCCCAGCGUUGGUUAGGGUGUCCCGAAGACGAAGCAACUUUUUCCCAAUUAUUCAAUUGAAACAUUUUGUUUUUUCAAUAAAAAUUUAUUGUGGCCAAAACCGGUCA